AAAGAAAGCUAAAAAUCAAGGUGAACUUCAAUGCAUGGAUCAGAGGAAUGCUCUUGACGCUAGAAAAAAUUGUCCUGGAGCAAAUAAUGUCUUGCGGAAUAAUAUCACUGAGUUAGAUUCAACUGCACAAUCGCAUGAGGAGCGAUCUAGGUCAACUGAAAAUACAGUGCAGAGGAAAAAGAGAAGGAGAAAACAUAAGAAAAUGAAAGCUAAAAAUAAAGAUAAACUUCGAGGCUUAGAUCAGAUGGAUGAUAAUUUGGAAGUUGCCAGUGGUUGCACUGUAGUCAAUAGUGAUUUGCAAAAUAAUCUUAUUGAGUUGGAUUCAACUGCACAAUCACAUGCUGAACAAUCAAAGUUGGAUAUAAGGUUAACUGAAAAUCUUAGAGAAGGAACUAUGCAGAGGAAAAGGAGGAGGAGAAAACAGAACAAAAAGAAGGCUAAAAAUAAAGAUGAACUUCAAAGCUUGGAUCAGAUGGAUGAUAAUUUGGAAACUCCCAGCAUCGGCAUUGGCAUAAGUUGUAAUGUAGGCAAUAAUAAUUUGCAAAAAAAUCUUAUUGAGUUGGAUUCAACUGCACAAUCGCAUGCUGAACAAUCUAAAAUGGGUACAAGGUCAACUGAAAAUCUUGCAGAAGGGUUGGUGCAAAGGAAAAGAAGAUGGAGAAAAGAUGACAAAAAGAGGGCCAGUACUAAAGAUAAACUUCCAAGUGCGAAUUGUAUGUCAAGUCUGAACUUGUCAGAUAUAAAUCAUGGAAUAAGGAAUGACGAUAAGCUAAUUACAAAUGAGAGCACUACCACUUCAUUUCAUUUGGUGAAUGAUACAACGAGUCAUGUUGGCUUAGGUAAACAUAACGAGACUUCCUUGGCACCAGUUGACGUUGAUUCAAAAUCUUGUUCUAAAUUCAUCGAGCAGGGAUCUGGACCUUCGAAGGGACCAAGGGAGAAGGAAGUUGAAAUGUUCUCUUGGGAAAGCCGACAUAUACUUCUUCCUGAUAAGAUGUAUGGUAAAAAUGAGAAAAUCAAGAAUGAGUACAAUGAAGAAGAAAUUAUUGUUAAUGAGGGUAAAGAUUCAGCUGUAUGUUCUUCCUAUGAUGUGGAUGUGACCAAGCAGCUCUACUCUCCUAGUUUGAAGCAAGAUGACUUGGCAAAUGAUUCAUCCCCAUAUCUAGAAAUAGCGCCAGUUGCUUCUGUUAGGAGAAAACUUCUUGUCCUUGAUGUAAAUGGUCUACUUGCAGACAUUUUAAUGCCAGCUCCUACAGACUGUAUUGCAGAUACACAUAUCUUGGGACGGGCUGUUUUCAGGAGACCUUUCUGCGAUGAUUUUCUAAAGUUUUGCUUUGAGAACUUUGAUGUUGCCAUAUGGUCAUCAAGAUCUAAGAAAAUUAUUGAGAAAGUCGUCAAUUAUUUAUUGGGAGAUCUACAACAUAAGUUGCUAUUUUGUUGGGAUAUUUCACAAAGUACUCAAACAGGGUUCAAAACUCUUGAAAACAUGCAUAAACCCUUGGUCAUGAAGGAGCUAAAGAAAAUUUGGGAAAAAGAUGAUCCUAAUUUUCCUUGGGAGAAAGGAUAUUACAACGAAUCGAACACAUUGUUGUUGGAUGAUUCUCCUUACAAGGCCCUUCUCAACCCUCCGCACACUACAAUAUUUCCAUAUUCAUACCGUUACAAGGAUAAAAGUGAUAAUUCUCUAGGUCCUGGAGGUAAUCUUCGAGUUUAUUUGGAAGACAUGUUGAAGUGUGACAAUGUAAAGAAAUAUGUCGAGCAACAUCCAUUUGGUCAAGGUGCUAUAGAUGGGACAAACGAAUUUUGGAGCUUCUACUCCAGGGUUCUUGAGAGUUUAUCGGCUCUAUCUGUCUAGAGACUGCUUUCCAUUGUCAGCAUGCUUAUGGGACCAUGAACCUGAGGAGCAUUAGUGUGUUUUCUUUUGUCUUAGUCUUUAACAUGAGUAAUGCAGAUACAGCAGUAGAUGUAGAUGAGGCGAUGACAAGUUUGACUGGCGAGUAUAAACUUUGCAGAGGGUGUGUACAGUAGCUCUCCCCAUUCUUCUUGUUGUUUAUGAUUCUUUAUAAAAAAAAAAAAAAAAAAAAAAAAAUCUGUUGUAUCUGUAUUUUUUGAGCCAGGAGAUGAAUUUAAAAGAUCUUCUGGUCAUUGACGAGUGUAUUUGUCAUUUUUGAAACGUUGAGAGUUCUAGUUUUAUAUGGGAAAAUCGAGGGAAUGAAGAAAAUAUUAUAUUGUGAGGAUUUUUCAUAUAAUAGUCUUCUUCUCUAGUGAUCGUUGGUGGUUUACCAAACCACAUCUA